ACGCUGUCCCUCCCUCUUUCUCUCUCGCUUUUCACUCUGUAUCUGUAAGCUCAGGAUUAAGCCUUUCAUCAACACUUUCUCCAUCAUAUAACAUACGAACACUUGCUUUACCAAUUUAGCUACAAUCAUGGCUUUUCUUGCAAUUUUCAUGCUGCAUCUCCUGGCUAUGGCUGCUUAUUCAAAUGCAGCUUAUUGUGUAUGUAACACUGCACUGAGUGACUCAACGCUUCAAAAGAACAUAGAUUAUGCUUGUGGAGCUGGUGCUGAUUGCAGUCAGAUAUCUCAAAAUGGGCCUUGUUUCAACCCUAAUACUGUUAAAGAUCACUGCAAUUUUGCUGUGAAUAGUUAUUAUCAGAAGAAAGGUCAAGUUGAUGGGAGCUGCGUUUUCUCAGGCACUGCUAGUGUUGUCCCAACACCCCCUUCUGGUGCAAAUUCUGCUUGUUUUUCUGGGAACCCUAGCACUUCGACUCCAGCACCACCUGGAACCGGGACUCCAGCACCACCUGGAACCGGGACUCCUGGGACUGGGACUCCAGCACCACCUGGAACCGGGACUCCUGGGACUGGGACUCCGGGAACCGGGACUCCUGGGACUGGGACUCCGGGUACCGGGACUCCUGGGACGGGGACUCCGGGUACCGGGACUCCAGGGACGGGGACUCCGGGUACCGGGACUCCAGGUACCGGGACUCCAGGGACGGGGACUCCAGGUACCGGGACUCCAGGGACGGGGACUGGUGGUGGAACUGGGAUGGGCACAGGGACGGGGACUGGGAUCAAUGUGAACCCACCGAUCGGACUGGCGCCUGCAGGAACAAAUGGAUUCGGUGACAACAGUGGUUCUGUGUGCAUUCAUGACCAAAUCACGACCCUUACAAGUCUUCCAACCCUAUUUGUUUCAGGGGUGAUCUGGUUUUUGCGGAUGUAGAGAGAUGUGUGGAUGAGAUGUUGAUGUUGUAGAGCAGGGUAUAAAUUAUGGAUUGUAUUGUAUGAAUCCCCUUUAAUUAAUGGUACAAGAGAGAUCUUUGCUUUUUC